GCGCGUUCGGGCCACGCCUCGAACACUAACGCGUGCUUUUCCUCGGAAGAUAUUACGCGGCGGACAGAGUUCGUUCGCAAAGAGGCAUCACGUAUUCGAGAUCGAGCCAAUGGAUUAAAACGUUUCUCUUCCACGAACCGGGAAAAAUCGUGUCUCGAUUAGGGAGAUUAGAAAAUUUACGCGGCUCUGUUCUUCAUUUCGAUCUCGUCUCGAGCCUCGAUAAAUCCGUGAUCGCUUUAUUCUUGAAAUUGUUUUAUGUUAUAUCCUUUUUCUUAUAUCCUUUUCGAGGGAGCUGAAACGAUUACGAUUUCGAAGUAUUUAUUAUAAACCGAUGUUAAGUGAACUGUUCCGUCGAGGAGAUACUCGAUCUAAUCUUUCCAAGGCACGGUCUUAAGUUUACUUUGUGAAUUCAUCGUUAAACUUUGUGGAUGGUGGAAAGUGGAGUGUAAGCCAACAACCGUGUAAAUCGGGCGAGUAAUUAGCGAGGGGAUGUCACGGAUUUCGCGGAUACCGUAAAGCUUUGAGUUUAAACUCCAUUCGAGUUUCCACAUCCGCGUGAGCAACGUUUAACGUCAGAUCACUCGACCGAUAGAGCGGCCGCUUUAAUUGCUCUCUGGUGAGUAGCACCACGAUGCUCAUUCACGAUCGACUCUAAAGAACUCUAAAAAAUAAAAAAGAAGAAGAAGAAGAAGAAGAAGAAGGAAAGAAAAUUUUCCACGAAGAAUAGCGCGGUGAGUGAGCACUGGGUGAUCCAGGGACGAUCCCCAGGGGACCGACCUCUCGCUGAUUAUUUGCUACGUGCGGAUUGCGGAUACGCUCCGAAUAGGUGAGUCAGAUUGUCGUAUACUCGAAACAAAAAGCGUCAUCUCAAAAAUCAAUCCGUCCAGGACGAGGCGUAGGAUGGGCCCGACCGCGCGAGCUGUCGUGCUACACUGAAGAGGAGGAGCUCCCCCCAAGAAGAGAGAGAGAAGGAGGAAGGAACGAAGGAUGCCCGCCUCGCAGACCGCCGCCACGGAGCGGCGAAACGAGAGGAUGAUCACACACGAGCCGCCAAAAUUAAAAACGACGCUGAAAACGCCUCCUAAGCAAGCGACCAAUCCUCUUCAGUUCGUCAAAGUCGGACCGUGCUCUUUGUAUCGCACAGCUCAGGAACAAUUGCAAAAAGUUCAAGAGGUGAAGAAAAUAAAGCAAGAAGUCCGCGAUGAUCCCGAAGAUUGGCAAUCGAAUUUAGACAACUGGAAGAGCAGUCGAAGGAAGCGUCAGGAACACAUCAUCGAGCGAGUGGUCGAGGUGAAGAAACUCGAGCUGGAGGAACACGAUCGGCAGCGUCGUCGGAGCAAAACUUUCUCGGAAAUGAUGGAGGAGAGGGGCAACAGGGGUCGGAAAUUGAGCAUCAGCUUGGCCAUGUACCACGAGGAGGAUGCCAAUGAUCUGAGCGAUCUUGGUAUAGGCACCAGCAGUGGGAAGAGUUCGGUUAGUGGAGAUACUCAUGACGACACACAUAGUGUUUUGAGCGAUAGAGAUAGCGAAAUAGAGAAAAAUCACUCGGACGUGGACAACGUGCAAAGCGAGAGCGCGAUCCACAGCGACAUCACGACAUCGUCGGCAACCACGACUGCAACCACGACAACGGCGACGAAGAAAUCUUUCGGCAACGGGUUUCACACCGUCAAUCACAGUCACAACAAUCAGGAAUACGAUUCGGCGACCACGGCGACGACCAGCUCCCCGGAGCCUGAGGAAUACACGUACGAGGGGGCGAUUCGAGGUUACGUGUCGCGAGUGUCGCAAAACAUACCGAGGCGAUCGUUGGUCAAUCUUGAUUCAAAACUCGACAACGCGAAAUCGUCGACGAACGGCUCGAAGCUGAGCUUGACCGACGAGGCGAAGUCCACCAUACCGGUGGUAAAGGUCGAUAUCCUGAAGAGGCGGGAGAUAUUCGAGAAAGCAUCGCAGAAGAGCAACGAGACGAAAACGAACAACAGGCUCUCCGGCGAUUUCACCGGCACGAAAUCGAUCAAGGAGCGGCUCUCGAAUCUGGAGAAACAGAAGCACGAGGCGGAGAACAGCGAGAAGGCGGGGAGCAAGGCGUUGAACAGAUUAUCGGGCGACAUGAGCUCGAUCCGCGAAAGAUUGUCCCAUCUGGAGAAGCAGGCGUUGGAGAGGGAGAAGAGUUGCGCUCAUCGUAAACUGAGCACCGAGGAGUUGGAGACGGUGAGACCGUUGCGGGACAGAUUGUCCACCCUGGAGAAAUACAGCAGCAGCGACGAGUCGUCGGCGCCUGGCGCGGCCCACGAGUCGCGGCACAACGGCGAGCUGUCCGCCAGAUCGAUAAAGGAUCGCCUGAGCGCUUUGGACGCGGCCAGGAACAAAGAAACGGGCGACAAGAGAUCGUCCGUGGGCAAGCACUCGCUCUGCUUCCGGGAUCAAGAGAACAGAAUCGACACGUCGACUCCUAGCGAGAGAAGCUCGUCGCCCGACUCGGAGUAUCGCGCGCCAAGGGCCGCCUUCCACAGAAGCCUCGACUCCCUGGACGCGGACGCGUCCAGCGGCCCCGACACGUUCGAGCGCGUGCAAAGCUUGGAGGAAUUGGAUUACGGGAGACGUUAUCCGGCGUCCUCGUCGUCCGCCGAACUGCUGAACGAUACCGAUCGCGAGGAUUCGGGUAUUCACACGGCCGACGUGAGCUGCUCCGUCAGCCAAGCCGACGAGCCGGUCGACGAGGAUAUCGUGCACUCUAACACGAUCAUAGAGAGGCAGGAGGUGAUCGAGGAGAAACCCGAGGAGCCCCGCGAAGAGGCGGCGAACGAGAAGGUCGGUGAACAACAACAGAGCACUGCUGUAUCCGUGAACGAGAUCUCGACGACUUCUGCCAGCCAACCGGACGCAGUAACGGCAAAGAAGGGUACUGCUGACACUUCUGGGGAACUGUCGACUAACAAAUCACAAUCGCAGGCACACAUAGAGGUUACUAACUCUAGUACACUUCGCUCCUGUCCUGCUACGAGCCGCCCGAUCAUAUAUCAAAGUCCCAAAGUACCUCCGCGACGUUCACCUCCCGAAACGCUUCCCAAACCGAAGCUGCCUGUUCCCAAAGAGCACACCGAGACCAAAGUAGAUUCUUCGUCCUUCAAUGAAACGAACACCAUAUCGUCGAAUAUCAAACUGUUCGCGGACGAGCAGGAGUCCGAUCUCGGUGGCGAGGGAAAUGUUCAGACCGCCUCGAAAGAGGACUCGGCACUGAAAAUCACGAGCUCGUCUUCGGUUUCGUUAGACUCUGCUGUCGCGGACAGCUCUUCUCUGUCACCCGCAAGGGUGGCGGCCGUCCCAACGAACCUUCAACUAGAGUCUACUACCUCAACUUCGAACUGUACCUCGAAAGAAGUUCAGAAGAUCACGCCAGUCACGUCUCCAAGAGCGGCAUCCAAAAUCCCCACCCCCCUUCCUCGUAAAACUAUAGGCACGAAAUCUUCCCCGACCAGUUCCACCUCCUCUCUGAGCCCACCCACCUCGCCAUCCUCGCCAUCCAAGGCACCGUCACUGAAAUCGAGAACGACAAACGCGAAGAGUCAAUCAACAACCGGUCAAUCGUCAUCCUCUCCCCAAUUCCCAAAAGCGUCAGAGAUACCGAUCCCCGUCGGUUCCAACGUGUCGUCUACCACGAAUAUCCCUGUCGUAUCGCCUUCUUCGAGCCUGGAACAAUCACCUCUAACAUCCUUGAAACACAUCUCGCCCCCCACGUUCAGCACGAAACACCAGGUGGCGGUGGGUGAAGAGGCACUGCCUGCGGAAAGACGACGAACGGUGGUGGAAAUUUGCGAAAAGGUGGUGGUACCUCAGGGCAAGAUACCUACAACGCCUCCUGUGACGCCAUUCAUCACCGUGGAUCGCGUCAAUGAGAAGCAGAGCUCACCGACCGAGGAACCGAUCGUUAUCGAGAAAGCGGACGACGAGGAGGCGGCGGUGAUUUGCCAGCCGAGCCAGCCAGUCGAACACGAGGAGCACGAGGAAAAGGAAGCGGCGAUGAACGUGAAGAUCGAGACGUACGAGCCACCGGCACGGAUCGAGGAGUCGAUCGACGUGCACGAUACACCUGAGACCGUCUCUGCGCCUGAAAGACCGACGACCUUGACCUUUGGCAAACAGGAAAUGGCCACGGUGGACACGAUCAGCCUACUCAGCCCCAUAUCGCCCAUCUCGAAACAGAUUUUGCCACUGAAUCUAUCCAGUGACGAGGAAAUAGUGACCGGGUUGGCGUUUCCCCUGGGGCCACCGACCAGCGUGGAACCUCCAAAGGAGAAACCACCGCCGCCUCCGGUAGACGUCAGCGACGAAGAGAAUCUUCCAGUGGAACCUCUCAAGAGAUUGAACUCCACCCGCAGAAUAAAGAAGGAACUACGCACGAGACGCUCUGAUUUCCUUGGAAUCGAAGGGGUAAACGAUGACGAGCUGGAACGCGAGUUGACCCUGACAAAACCGCCAGACAUGGCGGCGAUCCUUGCAGAGGAGAGACGCAUCGAGCAGCUUCAUCGUCGCUCCUACGAUACGGACAGCAAUUACGAGCAAGACUCCAGCCACGAGAGAGAUUCGGGUGUGGAAUUGGGCCACGCCGAAGAUUGGACUAAACAGCCUGUUAGCCCCGAUAUGUCUCAACACAGUCGCCAAAGUAGCGAGCCAUUCGGCGCGAGUGUCACCUCCUCGGAAGAGGACGAAAUCACGAAGAAAGAAAAGGAGAUCAUCGAAGUCCUCGAGAAAGAGGAGCAGUGGCGGUACGAGAACAAUCGUGAGAUGAACAGUGACUUGGGCGAAAAAUUGGCGCACAAGCUGCGCGAGCUCGAAGAGGAGAAGAUGCAGUUGGAGAGGGAGCGCGCCCAGGAAACGGCCCUGCGCCGACAGGAAGAGACGCUGCGCAAAAACGAGGACAACAUACGGAAACAGGAGGAGACCGCGAGACAACAGGAAGUGGCGCGGGCUGAGGCCGAGGCGAAACGCGCUGAGGAGAAGAGGCAGGAAGAGGAGUUGAGGGCGCAAGCAGAAAAGCUGAGGCUUCAGAAUGAAAUCGAGGAGGAGAGAAGGGUUGCCGAUGCGCGACGUGUCGAGGAGAAACGUAUUAGGGAUAUGGAAAACCAAAUUCGAGAACAAGAGAACACGUCAUACGUUGGUGCUGGUACGAACGAUGAAGAAGACGAGUUUGCUUACGGGGAAGUCCUCAGAGUGAAAAGGGAACUGCUGCAGUUGCAGCAGGAAGAGUUGAAACGUCAACGAAACAAUUUGGCGUAUCGCGAACAAGAGCAGCUUAAAUUGGCAGAACAAUUGCAAGAGCAGUGGAAAUCCUUGCAAGAUGUUGCGCACAGCUCCGCGAACAAUAUCCAACAGUUCAAGAACCAACCACCUGUAAAUUAUAGAUCAUCUAUGCCGAAUCUUCAACUUCAAGACGUGCAAAGAAGAAGACCUCCACCUCCACCUAUACCACCAGCUAAACCAUUGCGUUUGAUCGAGCAGAGACAAAGAGAUGUGACUAUCAGGAGUAGUAGGAUUCCUUCGGCUGAUUCGAUUCCUCAGCAAAUGGAUACACCUUUGAGACACAGUGCAUCAGUUACGACUUUAUCGAGCCAUGCUGGACAACAGAUGAGCAAACAAACGUUGCAGGCGCUCAGUGCAGUUCCUCGGCCACGAAUCGUUCAAAGCGAUCAAUGGGUUCAACGGAGGAAGAGCGACGUGCCACGAGGUGCUCACGAUCUGAAUUAUCACCAUCAUUGGCUCAUUCAGGAAGCGGAACAGAGAAGGAUCAACGAAAAGAAUCAGCGAUCACCAGGGCGAAAACCUCAAAUGCACAUAACAGGAACAUCGGUUCCUUAUGUGACUGCUCCUACAAGGACAGACAGUAAACCAUUACCUGAUUCUAUCAUACAGACUCUUACACAGCGGGUGCAGAACAGAGCGCAGGAAAAGCCUCUUCCACCUAGAAGAAGAUUGGAACAUAGUACUAGCCAGGAACAUCUGUCCGCGUUGCAACAUCAAUCGCAGCAACAUGUUAUGCAACCACAGAAACCUCAACAAUCACCGUCAAUGAAUAAUGAGAACCAGGAGAAAAUGUUAAGUGUUAGCGGGAAGAAGAAGUGCUCUCAUUGUGGAGAUGAAUUAGGUCGAGGUGCCGCGAUGAUUAUCGAGAGUUUACGAUUGUUCUAUCAUAUGGAAUGUUUCAAAUGCUGCGUGUGUCACGUUCGACUUGGUGAUGGAUUAAUGGGAACAGACGUACGCGUUAGAAAUCAAAAAUUACACUGCCAUAACUGCUACUCCAGUGACGACGGUGUCAAGUUCAGUUGCGUGUAAAACCAAAAUGGGGAAGUGGCUAAUGGGACCACAUUGACUAACUUGAAUAUAGCAUCUCUCGGCUAUAUUUUAUAAGUUAUAGUUGACCAAUUAGCUACCGGUGGCACGCGAUCGUGACACUAAAUCCCCCUCUUUUCUGUAUAUAAAACUGACAAAUGGUACAACCGAGAAUGGACGUAUUAGUCCUUAUUUUGCAUAAGAUUAUUUCUUCGUGCGCUUUAAUUUAAAAAUCAAGAUAUUUUUCUCAAGUAACGCCGAUAUAUUUUCAAUCGACUAACCGUAGAACGUACAGAGAGCAAUGUGUAAAUAAACGUGUAUUUAUGUAAUUAGCAUAAUGAUAGGAAAAAUUCAAUGAAAUGAAAAAUCGCAAGAAAACAGUUGUUUCUAUCGACCAUUGAUGAAAAAUAACGUCGAAUUUCCAUAAGCUCUGUGAAAUAUCGACGAACGAUUCACAUGUAUAUUUUUGUAAUAUAGUUAUCCCGUGCUAUUUAUGAGAAAAAUUCCUCUGAUGUGACGGCUAUAAUAACAAAUCCUUUUUCUUUUCCUCACAUUUCUAAUUCCCUUGCUAUAUUUGUGUCUUUUCUUUAAUUUUUUUUUUGUUCUUUUUUUAUUGUCUUUAUUCGUCUUUGUUCGUCUAAAUAUUUACAAAUCAGUAGAUGAUUUCAAUCAAAUUAAAUAACACCUCUAUAUUUCAAGAGCGAUCGUUUAGAUUCUAGUUGAUUAUUACGGUAGUACAAUCAUUAACUGUAGCUGCAUAACGAGAUGCAAAUUACAAAGCUCGAGUUUUGUGUUCUUUUCUUUCCCUUUUUUUUUUUUUUAUCGAAUUAAUGAAAAAAAUAAAAGUUAGAUGCGUUCAAGAUUCGAUGACGAUGACUUUCAUUUCCCUCACGGAUUAAUGAUAAUAAGUCGUCUUUGCGCAACCAUCGUAUCGCAUCGAAUACGCAUAUUUGUUAUUGUGAAAUAUUGUAUGAUAUGUGUCUCAUGUUAACUGCAAACAUGUAAUUUUAUAUUAUCAAGAAUAAAUGUUUAUUAUAGUGA